UGCAAUAGUAAAUGUGUAGUAAUGCAGUAAUGUGUACUUUCAAAUGCGUUAGAUUAAGUUAACCGUGUCUGUGAUUGACAUUUUUAAUAUAUAUUAAAUUUCUUCCAUUGAUUUUUAUUCUCUAUCCUCUUUAGAUUCAUUCAUUGAAUAGAGACCAUAGGGAUUAUGACUACCUUCACUACUGUCACGUUGAAGAGACAUGAUCACCAUCACCAUAAACGAAACCUGAUUCCAACUCAAACAAAUACCGAAACACAAGUGGUUAAUGUUGUCCAAAGAGAUGCUCUGAAAACCACUACAACUUCAAGUACCAAAACCAAAGAUGAUCUGAAAACCACUACAACUUCAAGUACCAAGACCAAAGACAAUCUGAAAACCACCACAACUUCAAGUACGAAAACCAAUGACGAUAAACCCAAGAUUACCACAACCUCUGAUAGUGAGACUGAAACUGCACUUCCAACUCUUUCGAUGCCUUCAUUAUCGACGUCAACUACAUCGUACUCAUAUUCCUUAACGGUGCCAAAUUCAGAACCUACCCAAUCUCUGGGAACAUCAUCUACCUCAAACCCAUACAUAUAUAGAACUAACCUUCCAGAUAACCUUGUAUUUAUUGUGAUAGGUGCGGUCAUUGGGUUCCUUUUGAUAACAAUUUUGGUAGUUAGAACCUUCAUAAGUUUGUCUGCUAGAAGACGUGCUAAGGCUGAUAGUGAGAAAUAUGUUCAUAAUUCCAAUGGGAUUUUCUUUUCUGGGGGUGAUUAUACAAGUUGUAAUUCAUCAUUUAUUGAUUUUUCUGAAAAAUCUCCAUAUACAAACUCAUCAGCCUCCAGUCUUCAUUUGUUGGCUAAGAAUGCAGCUCUGAAUAUAUCUGACAGUUCUUCUUCAAAUGCCAGUUCACAAGGAAGGACCUAUAUGAAUUCAGUGCAAGGCAAGAACGCUAUGGAUCAACCAAAUAAUAGAGGCUCAAUGUACAUAAGUCCUGUAUUAGAAGUUAUGAACCAAAACAGGAGCCAAUAUCAACUACCAGUACAACAUAAAGGAAUAUUCGAUAACCGUUCAGGAGAAGUUUCUGCUAUAGGUUCUGGAUUUGGGUCAGAUGGAAACAUGUCUGGUUCCGAUACUGGAUUGUUGGAUGAUUUUGAAAUCAGUCUUGAAUUACCCGAUGAAUUGGACGACGAUCGUUCGACAAUGCCAAAACUUUCAAGAACUCCAAGUCAAAUUCUUGAUAAUUUCCUUGAUAAUAUAUAG